AUGAAGUUCCUCCAGAUCUUGCACCUACUAGGUGCUUUGAGUGCAUCCGCAAGGGCGGUUGCGGAAAGUGAUGAUGCGGCAAGUGGCGGUUUUUCACCCCUCCAACAACAUCACCGAGCUAUCUAUGCUAGAUCAACAGCCCCCAAAUGCCCCAGUCCAGCCUCCAAGCUAUCGCUGGACGACUUGCCCUACAAGAACUAUUUCUACACAGACUGCAAUGUCGCUGCCCAGGCCGUCGUCACCAGUCCGCUUCCAGACAGCAAUCUUUCAAUCAUCGGACCACGUCUCAUUAUAGCGUGGCCAGCUGGAGAUAGUGGUGCCUGCGCAUAUUUCGCACCACAGAAAGGCGAAAAUGGCACACUGGCGAUUGAGCUCAUCAACUCUACCGAUUCCCACCCUCUGAGCCCAGUCUACAAUGCAUCCUCCAAGGGACCUCCCCACGUCGGAAUUCAAGGUGUCUUGCGAUUUAAUACGUCUGCAAAACUUACAGUUCCCAUUCUGGGAAGUAUCCGUACGAUCCGUGACUUUGUUGAAGGCCCUAGUCUCCUCUAUCCCGAGAUUCAAGAUGCAGUCAAUUUCUCUUCAAGCGAUGGGAGCGUCUCGCUACAGCGUACCUGGCUGGACAACACCACGAUGACAACCCUGAAAUUUCAGCCUUGGAGCAAUUCUACCUCCAAGAAUGAAGGCGGCGUCUCUUUGGAUAACCGUGCUGUCGCCUUCGAGGCUGGCGAUUACCUCUUCUCGGCGACAAUUAAUUACCCGCAGCUUACACCGCUAAAGCCCAGCGCGGUACUAAACAAUGCAUCAAGUGUCCUGGCUAAGACUAUGUCAGGUCAGACGACUGCUCUUUCGUUCUUGUCGUACUCGGAGAAGCUUAUGGCGGGCGCGUGGCGUUUCCUGACAUACUUUGGUCGGGAUUCGAUGAUCGCAACUUUACUACUAGAGCCUGUUUUGAGCUAUGGCGAGGGAAGUGCUACGGAGGCUGUUAUUGGUGCAGUUCUGGAGAGAAUCAAUCGAACCGACGGAACUGUUUGUCAUGAGGAGACAAUUGGAGACUACGCGACUUGGACCAAUGCCCAGGAGAAUAUCACGAGUACCGCCAUGGGUUGCGAUUACAAGAUGGUUGACUCCGAUUACUAUCUCCCCGUCUUGAUGCAGCGAUAUUUUGUGGAAAAUCCAAUCGGCCAAAAGAGAGCUGCUAAGUUCUUCAAGUAG